AUGAGCGAGUCCAAGAUUGAUAGUGCAGUGGAUGAAAAGACUAAGGUGCAGCAACCUGCGGUUAAAGAAACCAUUGAUGAACUAGAUAAAACUCCCAAGAGACCAAGGGAAGAAGCACAGGAUGAAGAGAGGGAAGAAACGAGUGAGAAACCAGAACCAUCCAACGCUGAUGAGGAAAAGAAGAAGGAUGAUGACGACGAGCAAGAGGCGUCUUCGCACAAAAAAACAAAGACCGACGAUGCAAAAGUUGUUGACAAGCAAUCAUCUAAAGAUGCUAGUAAGGUUGAAGAUGAAGAAAGAAAGGAUAAAUUCGUGUUUGGUGCGGCAUCCAAUUUCGGAACUGGGUUCGGUGUCGCUAAGGGGGACACCAAGAACGAGAAAACAACCAACGCCAACUCUUCAUCGGCGUCCAAUACAACUACAAAGAAGCCAUUUGCAUUUGGUUCAGGUUUGUCGUUUGGCAGCGGCUUCAGCAUAUUGAAAAGCAAGAACGACAAUGACAGCGAAAACGGAAAGAAAGUUGCUGACGAUAAGGGAAAAGUCAACAGCGACUCUGAGCAGCGGGCAAAGACGUCAGAAGCCCCAAGCGACGCAGCAAGACCUCUCAAACUGCAAAAGCAAGAUAUCAAAUCCGGCGAAGAGUCAGAGGAGUGCAUAUACCAAGUCAACGCUAAACUGUACCAGCUCUCCAAGAUAGAAGAAGGCUGGAAGGAAAGAGGCGUUGGUGUAAUUAAAGUUAACAAAAGUAAAAAGGAUGAAGAAAAGACCCGUAUAGUCAUGAGAUCUCGUGGUAUCUUGAAAGUCAUUUUGAACAUUCAAUUGGUCAAAGGGUUCACCGUGCAAAAGGGAUUCACCGGUUCGUUGCAAAGCGAGAAAUUCAUAAGAUUGUUGGCCGUGGACGACAACGGCGACCCUGCACAAUAUGCCAUCAAGACUGGUAAAAAGGAGACCACAGACGAAUUGUACAACACUAUAGUCAAGUCUGUUCCUAAAUAA